AUGGCCGGUACAUGUGGCGUUCCGAUGCAUCUUCCUGAUCCGGCGCCUCCAAUGCUCUAUCUUCGAGGUUUCAUCACGCAUGCAUUCGGCCUGGAUGACUGUCUUGUUCUUCUUGCCUUGUGCAUGGUCCUUGUGUUCGCAGCCCUCUCUAUCAUUCUCACAACGUAUGGAAUUGGCUACCAUCAGGAGACUGUUCCUACUGCAGAUAUGAUCAUGAUGGAGAAGCCUUACUGUUUUCAUCAUGCGCGUUUUUCCGACCAAAUGGAUCCGGCGGAUUGGACUGGGAAUCAUGGUGCUCAUGGCCAUCGUCACCGUUUCGGGGGAAUUAACCUUGAUCUUCCAGUGCUGGCCAGUGCAGGCAGCGUGGGACUCGACCAUCCCAAACUCGAAGUGCUUUUCAAAUGCCGUGUUAGAGGACCUCCAGCUGUAUCAGGCAAUACUGAUGUUAUUGUUCGAUGUGAGCAUCAUCACUCUUCCAAUGCCAACGAUCUGGAAGCUCCAAAUGCCUGUUCAGCGCCGUCUAUUCAUUAUUGGAUUAUUUUGUCUUGUGCCGGUCUGGCACGCAUUCCGCUAUUGGAUUUCCAAGUCAAUUCGACCGACUAUACAUACGUCGGCGCGGUUCCACUCAUAUUGAUGAAUGUCGAAUAUGCGCUCGGCCUAAUUACCGGCUCUUUACCUUCCCUGCGGGUUCUGCUUAGAAACAUUCCGGGACUGAACAGCAGCAGAAAGAGCACCGAUCCGGGCCGAGAUUGGAGAAAUGGCCCUGAUCAUAGCGGAUAUCAUCUCAGCGAACGGAGUCAUUGGGCCCAUAAAUCUAAGAGGAAGGGUAAAGUCGAUCUUGAAAGUUGCGAUAACGAAAGUCAGCAGCAGAUUAUCGUAACCACAACAGUAGAACAGGAAUAG